CAGGACAUUCCACCAUGGGACGUGUUCGAAUGUUAUCCUCCUUCACCAGAAAGUGGAUCUAUGCAAAAUAACAGAUUUUUCGAGAUCGUCAUUUGGAUCCUAAAGAUAUUCAUUUAUGGAUUGUUAUUUACUAUCGUCUUUUGUGGCGGUAUCGUAUCUAAAUUAUUUGUUUUAUUGGCCACCGCGCAACUACGUAAAAAUCAAUCGUUGCUCUUUUGUAAUCAUAAUGAAGAAUUAGAAGAGCUUUUUACCGAAUAUACGCAAGAUGGCCGUAUAAAAUGGACGUGGUGUUUAAUUUUCAUAUUUCUCAUACCGGAAUGCAUCGGGAUGUUAAACACCUUGUGGCACUAUCUAUUCAAAAGAAAAUCAAGGAUGCCAAAGAAACGGAAUAUUUUACUCAUGAUCUUGAUAGAUACUCUUCACACGCUCGGUUUAGUAUUAUUAACUUUUAUCAUUCUACCAGAAAUCGGUGCAGUGCAAGGUGCCGCGAUUUUCUGUUGCCUAUGUUUCGUACCAGGAUUGUUGAAUCUAUUUUCGCGAAAUGAAGAGAGCCGUAAUAUAUCAGCAAUUAAAUUAAGAUUACUAAAAAUUUGUGAUGUACUGGCAUUGAUCGCCCAAGUCAGUGGGAUGUUGUGGCCUUUGAUUCUUACUAUCGAGCACGACGUCGAUAAAACGUUGAUGUGGAUUACUCCCGUUGCUCUUGCGUUGUGCUCAAGUCGCUGGUGGAGCAACUUUGUAUCGUCUCACAGCAACGUUGGUAUAGUACGAUCCUUAUCCCGUGCGAAAGAAGAUCUUCAACCAGGUCAGCAUAUCGUACAUGGAUAUGUUUCAAUUUGGAGGAUAUUCAUUUUUAUCACAGGAGCUUUCGUUAUUAACAUACGCGAAGGAAUAGAUGCCAAAAGCUUCUUCUCACCGCAAUUCACCUACCGCAAUUUCCCUACACCUCUUUAUAUCUUUGCGAUUCAAGCUGUUUGCACUAUGACGAUGUAUCAAGCUUGCAAAUUCGUUUACAGAACCCAUAUGCACCAAUUUGGUUUCGCGUUUCCAACAAAUCUAGUUAGCCUAGGAGUGGUAUGUUUGAUUGUGACAUUGUGCAUCGCCAGAAAGAAAGACAUCUGUGCCUUUCGUAAUGUUACCCCGGACUAUCUUUUCUUUGAGGAUUUCCUCUUUGGAAAUUGGAACGAAUUUCUUUCUAGUUGGUACACUUGGUUUUGGCUGAUAUGGCUCAUGUCACAGAUAUGGAUCACGAUACACUUGUGGACCACUGAAAACGAAAGAUUAGCAUUAGCGGAAAGGAUCUUUUCUACGAUCACCUAUGAUUCGCUCAUGAUCGAUCAAUGCUUAGCUUUAAAUAAAAGGAUGCAGAAUGAAAAUAUUGAACAAAACCACGAAGGGGAAACUAAAGAUGCUCAACUUCCAAAUGGCGACCUGAGACUCGAAGUUAUCGAUAUUAGCUUAGAUGCUGGAAGAAUCGAACGAAAUUUUGACCAAGACGACUCGAUUGAUGCUGAUACAGCAGUUGAUAAACGUAAAGAUCGAGUUGCAAAAAUUUAUGCGUGCGCUACAAUGUGGCACGAAGAGAAGAGCGAGAUGAAUCAUUUAGUGGGCAGUAUUCUACGAUUGGAUAAAGAUCAAUGUGCAAUACGCGUCACGCAGAAAUAUUACAAAGUUCAAAUUGAAGACUAUUAUGAAUUAGAAACGCACAUUUUUUUCGACGACGCAUUUUGUUGCAUGCAUGGCUGCAUUGGUUUGUGCAAUCAUGAUGAAAAUGAGACGCAAGUUAAUCAAUAUGUAAUUACGCUGGUGGAGACGAUUCAGAAAAACGUGGAGAACUUAUGCAUGCGUUUUUCACCGCCUACUAAAUAUCCAACGCCUUAUGGAGGUCGUCUUGUAUGGACGUUGCCAGGAAAAACUAAUUUGAUAGUUCAUCUGAAGGAUAAAAACAAGAUUAGACAUAGGAAACGAUGGAGUCAAGUCAUGUAUAUGUAUUACCUUUUGGGCUAUCGUCUGAUGGGACUAUCAAUCGAUACGGAUCGAAAAGAGGCUAUUGCCGAGAACACGUACAUUCUUACAUUGGACGGAGAUAUUGACUUUCGACCGGCCGCUGUUAAAGUUCUGGUGGAUUUGAUGAAAAAAGAUAGAGAUCUCGGUGCUGCGUGUGGUCGAAUACAUCCGAUCGGAUCAGGUCCAAUGGUUUGGUUCCAAAAAUUCGAGUACGCUAUUGGUCAUUGGUUGCAAAAAUCUACAGAACAUACCAUCGGUUGUGUUCUAUGCAGUCCUGGCUGUUUUUCGCUUUUUAGGGCAAAAGCGUUAAAACAGCCCAACGUAAUGGCAAAAUACGCUACCAAAUCUACCGAAGCCAGGCAUUAUAUUCAGUAUGACCAAGGUGAGGAUCGAUGGCUAUGUACGUUACUUCUCCAAGUGGGUUCCCGGGUUGAAUAUUCGGCAGCAAGUGAUGCUUAUACACACGCACCAGAACACUUUAAAGAUUUUUACAUACAACGACGAAGAUGGAUUCCCUCGACUGUCGCAAAUAUUUUCGACUUGUUGAUUACUGCUAAACAGACGAGAAAGGUGAAUAACGAUAUCUCGUGGCUGUACAUUGCUUACCAGUGGAUUCUAAUGGGGAGUACAAUCCUAGGACCAGGUACGAUAUUUUUGAUGCUGGUUGGCGCGUUCGUUGCCGCGUUUCAUAUCGACAAUUGGACCAGUUUCUGGUACAAUCUAAUCCCAAUUGGCGUGUUUGUCGGAGUUUGUUUUAUUUGCAAGGAACGCAUGCAGGUAUAG